CCCGCAGGCCGCCAGUACGCUCACCGGGAGGCCUGUUCCGGCGGUCACGCUCAGUGCCGGGAGCCCGGGAGCCGGUUGAAACUCAGCUCCGCGUCCAUGGAGGCACCGGGGGAGGUGGAAGUAGAGAAUGAGGACGGUGACAGCAGCUACGGGGACCUGUGCUGCAUGGACAAAGACCUGCGGAGCAUAUCAGAGUUAUCCUUAGAUUCAACCCUCCAUGCCAUCAAUCUACAUUGCAACAACAUCUCGAAGAUCGAAGCCAUUGAUCAUGUUUGGAAUUUGCAACACUUAGAUCUGUCAUCUAAUCAAAUAAGUCAAAUCGAAGGGCUAAGCACACUGACAAAACUACGCACUUUAAAUUUGUCCUGCAAUUUGAUCACAAGAAUAGAAGGGCUUGAAGCACUAAUUAAUCUGACUAGACUGAAUUUAUCCUAUAACCACAUAAAUGAUCUUAGUGGUUUGAUGCCCCUUCAUGGAAUCAAACAUAAACUUAGAUACAUCGACCUGCACAGUAACUGCAUAGACAGCAUUCAUCAUUUACUUCAGUGUGUGGUGGGCUUGCACUUCCUGACGAAUCUUGUUCUGGAGAAGGAUAGCGAGGAUAAUCCCGUUUGCCGUGUACCAGGGUACAGAGCAGUUAUGCUCCAAACCUUGCCACAGCUUCGAAUCCUGGAUUGCAAGAACAUAUUUGGUGAACCAGUAAAUCUGUCACAAAUAAAUUCAUCAAAUCUACAGUGUUUUGAAGGUCUUUUGGAUAAUUUAGUUUCAUCUGAUUCUCCCUUAAAUAUAAGUGAAGAUGAGAUCAUUGACAUCAUGCCAGUGGAAACAGCCCCCAUCGAUGAAAUGGCUCCCCUGGAUCAGUUUGCCAGUACACCAACUGACACUGGUUUGCCGUCCUUUAUGUCUGUGUGUCCAUCUUCUGAGCCAGAGAAGGUUAAUCAUGAAAGCGAUUUUCAGAAUGAGAUGAAACUUCAGAAAUUAGAUGAUCAGUUUUUACAGCUUCUUAAUGAAACUUCUAGUUCUUUAAUAGACAAUGUUCCUGAGAAAGACCUGAGACCAAAAAGAGACACAGAUAUGACUUCUGAAAGUGACUAUGGAAACAGAAAAGAAUGUAAUAGAAAAAUUCCUAGAAGAUCAAAAAUCCCAUAUUAUUCCAAAACAAUUCAGACUAUUAAGCACCACAAUAAAAACAACAACCCAUUUAUAAGUUAUAAUCGUAAAAUGAAACAGCCUUUCUUUAAAGAAUUGUAUAUAAGAUCAUCUCUAGCAAACUGUAACAGAUUAGAGGAAGCUGAGGAGCAGAAGACAGAACUAAUUAAAGUUGACAACAGCAGCCCUGAAGACAACACGUACCGGAUACUUGUUGAACAACUAGACCAGGAGAGAGAGAAGAGAUGGAAAGCUGAACAAGCUGAAAAGAAACUUAUGGAUUAUAUUGAUGAACUACAUAAACAUGCAAAUGAAAAGAAAGAUAUCCAUAGCCUUGCUCUACUCACCACAAAUAGGUUAAAGGAAAUUAUUUUUAAAGAAAGAAAUUCCAAAGUGCAACUCGAAAUUAUGGUUCACAGACUUCAAAAUGAAAUUAAAAAACUAACUAUUGAAUUAAUUAAAGCAAGAGAUCAGCAAGAAAAUUACAUCAGACACUUGAGAGCCCUGGAGAGAGCAUUAGAAAAGAUGGAGAGGCAGAAAGGACAGCAGCAAGCAGCCCAGAUGCGACUUGUUGAAGAGGUGGAACUCAAAGCUGCAGCUGCUGACCAAGAAAUAAGCUUACUGCGAACUUCCCUUCAUCAAGAAAAGGAGCAGGUACAGCAGCUUCAUGAGCUUCUUGCACUGAAAGAACAAGAGCACAGGAAAGAACUUGAAACAAGGGAGUUUUUUAGUGAUGCUGAGUUCCGGGAAGCCUUAGCCAAGGAAGUAGCUAAAGAAGAGACAAAGCAUGAGCAAGAGAUAAAAGAAUACCAAGAAAAAAUUGACACAUUAAACCAGCAGUACCUGGAUUUAGAGAAUGAAUUUCGUAUAGCUUUAACUCUUGAAGCCAGAAGAUUUAAAGACGUUAAAGAUGGUUUUGAAAGUGUUGCAACUGAGUUAGCAAAGAGCAAACAUGCUCUUGUUUGGGCUCAACGGAAAGAAAACGAGUCUUCCUCUUUAAUUGAAGAUCUGACUUGCAUGGUGAAGGAGCAGAAGACAAAACUUGCAGAAGUUUCCAAAUUGAAACAGGAAACAGCAGCAAACUUGCAGAAUCAAAUCAACACCCUUGAAAUCCUGAUUGAAGAUGACAAGCAGAAGAGUAUCCAAAUCGAACUUCUCAAGCAUGAAAAGGUCCAGCUUAUUUCUGAGCUAGCAGCCAAGGAAUCACUAAUUUAUGGUUUAAGGACAGAAAGAAAAGUGUGGGGACAUGAACUGGCACAACAGGGAUCCUCUCUAGCCCAGGACCGUGGGAAACUAGAGGUGCAGAUUGAAAGUUUAUGUAGAGAAAAUGAAUCUCUGCGGAAGGCAAAUGAGCGUGACAGUGACACGUUAAGAAUUAAGUGCAAAAUCAUAGAAGACCAAACUGAGACUAUCAGAAAAUUAAAAGUUUGUUUACAGGAAAAAGAGGAACAAGUCAAAAUAUUACAGCAAAAGAUCACUGAAAUACAGAAAUGUACUCAAGAACAACUUAACGAAAAAUCUUCACAACUGGAUGACAUAAUUGAGAAACUAGAAAGACACAAUGAAAGGAAAGAAAAACUAAAACAGCAGUUGCAAAUAAAGGAAUUAGAACUUGAAGAAAUUAGAAAAGCUUACAGUACACUUAAUCAAAAGUGGCAUGAUAAAGGGGAACUUCUCUGUAAUCUGGAAAUGCAAGUAAAAGAAGUGAAAGAGAAAUUUGAAAACAAGGAAAGGAAACUCAAAGCGGAGAGAGACAAAAGUAUUGAACUACAAAAGGAUGCUAUGGAGAAGCUUUCUAGUAUGGAUGAUGCCUUUAAAAAACAAGUUGAAGCAAUUGUUGAAGCUCAUCAAGCUGAAAUUAUACAAUUGGAAAAUGAAAAGCAGAAAUAUAUUGAUUCUGCAAAUUUAAAGGUUCAUCAGGUUGAAGAAGAAAUGCGUGAACUUCUGCAAGAAAACUGCAAGAACAAAAAAGCAAUGGAAGCAAAAAUUAAGCAACUGGCUUUUGCACUAAAUGAAAUUCAACAAGACUUGUAAUGGUUCUGAGAAUGAAUUUAAUUGAAAUGGACCAUCUGACCUAUUGUAAAAAUGAUUAAAUAUUGUAAUAGUAGUAACUGCUAUGACUUUGAAAUGUCUCUUUCUACACAUUUCAUUCUGAUAUUUUAAAAGACUUGAAAAAGUAUUUAAUUGUAUAUGUAGGUUUUUAUAACAAAUUGUUUAUAAAUAUGUGUAUUAGAAAAACCUAUCAAAAUAACUAGACGUUAAGACACUUUGUUUCUGUGCUAUACAUUGUGUGAUAAUUACACAUUUGCCUAUAAAUAUGUAAAUGAACAUUAAGUUAGCUUUUAACUAUAUUAGGGAAAGUAUUUUAACAAUGUUGCCUUAUUGUAUUGAUGAAGAACUAAUUAUAUUCAUUGGUUGUCUUUUA